AUGGAGAACUACAAGAGAGGCCCUGUUUUAGGCAACGGUGCAUAUGGAACCGUGUACAAAGUUACUUGUCUGACUACUGGGAAGGAGUAUGCCUUGAAAUACCACACCCGCGGCGUAGAGGACACAACAGUCAGAGAGCUCUCAUGUCUCGCAGCACUAAGGGGUCACCCAUAUGUGAUUCACAUGCACGAUUGCUUUGUAGAUAAUGACACGAUAGCCAUGCUCAUGGCCUACGUACCCUACACCUUGGGUGACGCGAUCCACAAUGGAUACGGUGUGAAGUCGUACUACGAAGAAGACCGCGACCAAGAGUGUCUCCCUUUCAGUUUCGUUGCUCACUUUAGUGCACAGGUGGCUAAUGCCCUGUCCUACAUGCACAGACUGAAUAUGGUACACAGGGACCUGACGCCUUACAACGUGCUGCUGACAGAAGAUCUCACAGUGAAGGUGGCUGACAUGGGCCUCUCUAGACAGUCCUCCAACUGGAUGAGCCCAAAUGUGGUCACCGAGCCGUACAGGGCCCCUGAAUUGUUCCUGGAAAGACGUAGAUCUAUAGAGUACACAUGUGCCAUAGACAUGUGGAGCCUAGGGGUUUUGAUAGUGGAUGCAAUGGAAGGGAGGGUUAAAUUCGCUAGGGGUAACGUCAGACGUGUGACUAUGUCCACCUACGAGAUUAUCACAAGGACUCUAUGUCCCAAAGACCACCCCGGUGCAUCAAGUACACCCUGUGACCCUGACAUCAUAAUGCCUAAAGUGAUGCAGUAUGAACUGGUGAAAAGGAUAGUCUUCAGAUUGCUGAAGUUCCGUGCCCCAGAGAGACUUUUGGCUCAUGAGCUGCUUCAGGACACAGAAUGGAUGCGUGCUGCUGAUAUGACCAGGGAAGACCAAGUUAUAGUUAGAGACCAGAUACAGCGCACUAAAAGUUCACACACCAGUGAGGUGUUGAGGUGA